UGAGAGCCUGUCAGCCCACGAGCUGCAGCGCGCCUGCACACGGGCGCCGACGGGGCGCCGACGGAUCCCUGAGCUGAGCCGCACGAGAGUCCCAGCAGGUGGCCGCCCGGCACCCUCACGGCUGAAGCUGGGUGAGGACAGCGGCGAGCGCCUUUCGGCUCGCCUCAGUUACUUUGAAACCGAAAGCGUCGCUGCGACUUCAGCGAGAAUGGCUUCUUCAGAAGAGCAAGGAGGAGCCCCCUGUGGUUUUAUCCGCCAGAAUUCCAGCAACUCUGUUUCCUUGGACUUUGAGCCCCACACAGAAUACCAGUUUGUGGAGCAGUUGGAAGAGCGCUACAAAUGUGCCUUCUGCCAUUCGGUACUUCACAACCCCCACCAGACAGGUUGUGGGCAUCGCUUCUGCCAGCACUGCAUCCUGUCCCUGAGAGAAUUAAAUGCAGUGCCAAUCUGCCCUGUAGAUAAGGAGGUUAUCAAAUCUCAGGAGGUGUUUAAAGACAAUUGCUGCAAAAGAGAAGUUCUCAAUUUAUAUGUGUAUUGCAAAAAUGCUCCUGGCUGCAAUGCCAAGAUUAUUCUGGGACGAUACCAGGACCACCUUCAGCAGUGCUUGCUUCAAGCUGUGCAGUGUUCUAACAAGAACUGUCGGGAAGCAGUCCUCCGGAAAGACCUGAAGGAGCAUUUGAGUGCAUACUGCCAGUUUCGAGAAGAAAAAUGCCUAUAUUGCAAAAAGGAUGUAGUAGUGAUCAACCUACAGAAUCAUGAGGAAAACCUGUGUCCUGAGUACCCAGUAUCUUGCCCCAACAAGUGUUUGCAGAUUAUUCCAAGAACCAAGGUGAAUGAACAUCUGGCUGUGUGUCCUGAAGCCGAACAAGACUGUCCUUUUAAGCACUAUGGCUGUACUGUAAAGGAUAAGCGGGGGAACCUGCAGGAGCAUGAACAUUCAGCCUUGCGGGACCACAUGCUGCUGGUUUUAGAAAAGAACUUUCAAUUAGAAGAACAGAUUUCUGACUUAUAUAAGAGCCUAGAACAAAAAGAAAGUAAAAUCCAGAAGUUAGCAGAAACUGUAAAGAAAUUUGAAAAGGAGUUCAAGCAGUUUUCACAGUUGUUUGGCAAAAAUGGAAGUUUCCUCUCAAAUAUCCAGGUUCUUGCCAGUCACAUUGACAAGUCUGCUUGGCUAGAAGCUCAAGUGCGUCAGUUAUUACAAAUGGUAAACCAGCAACAAAAUAAAUAUGACCUGAGGCCUCUGGUGGAAGCGAUUGAUACAAUAAAACAGAAAAUUACCCUAUUAGAAACCAAUGAUCAAAGAUUAGUUGUUUUAGAAGGGGAGACUAACAAACAUGAUGCACACAUUAAUAUUCACAAAGCACAGCUGAAUAAAAAUGAAGAGCGAUUUAAACUGCUGGAGGGUGCCUGCUAUAAUGGAAAGCUCAUUUGGAAAGUGACAGAUUACAAGAUGAAGAAGAAGGAGGCAAUGGACGGACACAUAGUGUCUAUCUUCAGCCAGCCCUUCUAUACCAGCCGCUGUGGUUACCGGCUCUGUGCUAGAGCAUACCUGAACGGGGAUGGGUCUGGGAAGGGAACCCACCUGUCCCUGUACUUUGUGGUGAUGCGAGGAGAGUUCGACUCACUGUUGCAGUGGCCAUUUAAGCAGAGGGUGACUCUGAUGCUUCUGGACCAGAGUGGCAAAAAGAACCACAUAAUGGAGACCUUCAAAGCUGACCCCAAUAGCAGCAGCUUUAAAAGACCUGACGGGGAGAUGAACAUUGCAUCUGGCUGUCCCCGCUUUGUGGCUCAUUCCACUUUGGAGAAUGCCAAGAACACCUACAUUAAAGAUGACACCCUGUUCUUGAAAGUAGCUGUGGAUUUAACUGACCUGGAGGAUCUCUAGUUCACUGUUCCCAGGGUGACAGGAAAACUUCUUGGGUUCCGAAGCACGGUUCAGUUGAUUAUCAUAUUGAUCUGGAUUUUGACUCGGUGUAUGUGGCUUUUUGCCUUUAAUGUUUAAAGUCAGUUCAAAACAUCUAAAUGCUGUCUUUUUAUAUUCUA